AUGGCGCCGCGCCGCCCGGCGGCGGUGAGGAGCGCAGUAUCAGCAGAGGCAGCAGACCUGUUACAAGCAGCAGACUCUGCUAGGAGCACGGAGCAGGCAGCUGGACGGAGUAACCGCGGUGAGUCGUCCCCUGGGGCAGUUAGGGCAAAAAGGGGGCAGAAACAGGGGUUGGUAAAUGAGGCCCUUGCAACCCAGUCAGGUUCCGCUGAGGAUGGGGCAGCCAGCAGGGGCUUGGACAGCAGGGGACAGUCGGCACCUACAGCCUAUUCCAGGGUAGGUAGGGAAGCGCCAAGAAUACACAACAGGUUGCAGGCUAGGGCCAGGCCGCAAGCGCCCCUCCCCGCAGCGCAGCAGUCACGGGCAACGGGCCAGAACAAGGAUCAUAGGGCGCUGACAGGCGGUGGGGUCACAGCAGGCAGUGGCAUGGCCCCCUCCCGGCCUGGUGCAGGGGUGGGGCGCUGUAGGCCAGCGGAUCAGCGGGCGGGCAGGGAUUGCCGCGCUCAGGAGAGGACAGAUAGCCCCACAGAGUGGCGCAGAGACAGUGGGGGGGACAGGAGAGCUAGCCAUCGCUCCAGGAGUGAACGGCGGAGCAGGCAGCGCAGUAGCAGCGGGGAGUCUGCGGAUGGUCGUUGCCGUGGCUCACCUGUUCGGGGAGCAGUCUCGCGGGAGAGUGCCUCCAGGUCAAUGAGUGGGGGCUCUCCCGACAGGCGGAGCAGAAGUUUUUCCAGGGAUAGAUAUGGCCGUAAGGGCCAGCAUGCCAGGAGUAGCAGUCCACGUAGAGGCCCAAUGGGUGAGGUCAGGGAGGAUUUGGGUUCUGAUGACGGCCUCCCCAGUUUUUCUUCUUUCGUUCGCAGGCCAUUGGAUGUCGGGUCAGCAGGCCGCAGGAGGCCUCAGGACAGCAGGGAUUUUACAGCAGCCUCGCCGGGAACAUCUCACGGCGGAGUUCGGGAUGCAGCCCCAGGAGCAGCGACACCUGGGUUUGGUCGGUGAGUCUCACAGUACACCACACUCUGGAGAUUUGUUAGAGGGUCUGAAAACAUUUCUUGCAUCAUGGAGUUCAGGUUUGGAUAAGGGGGAUUCGUUUAGCAAGGCUUGGUUGCCGGGGUCGUCGGGUUUGGGGUCAGGGGAGAAACCAGUCUCCGAACGGGCCGGGAGCAGUGCAGGUGAGCUGGUAGCAGCCUCAGCGGGGUCAGCAGCCACAGAAGUGGCGGCUGAGAGGGAUAUACUAAUGGGGGAGAUUCCAGAUGCAGCAAGGCAGAACGUGCAUGUGUCGUUUGCGGGGCCUUUGGGGUGUCACCUAAAAUUAGAGGUUAAGGAAAGGUUAUGGAAAGGGGAAUUUGUGGAGAUCUUCUCCCUUCUCCCCUUGGAGGAAUACCUAGACUUGAAGGAAGAAGACAAAAAGGAUCCCAAGAAAGAGGAGGAAGAAAAGCGGCGUCGUUAUAGGAAAAUCCCGAAAACUUUCGGGAACUGGCUGCGGGCCUUUUGCAUACUGGCGAGUGUACUGGGGGAAAAGGCCCCGGAAAAAUGCUCGCAAUUCUUCUGUUACUUAGACGGGGUGUGGGAGGCUUACCGCACAUACGGGGGCCUAGCAUGGUGGCGGUACGAUGAACAGUUCCGUCAGAGGCUUUCGGCUAAGCCGGGAAUGAGGUGGGACCAGAUGGACCUGCCAUUAUGGAUGAAGCUAAUGAUGGCUCAAAAGGCGGCUCCCUUUCAAGGGGGGGCUGGCGUCGGUUCCUCUUCCACCUCGUCGGCUGCGCAAAGGAAGGGGUGUUGCUGGCUCUAUAAUGAGGGCCAAUGUAAGUGGGGCUCCGCAUGCCGCUUUAGGCAUGAAUGCUCUGGAUGCGGUGGGGGGGACAUGGUUACAACCGGUGUUUUAAGAAGGGCAAGCCCACUACAACAGGCGCGGCCGGAGGCGCUGCAGCACCAUCCGCUGCCUCUGGGGCGGUCUCCGGUGAGGGUAGACGCGAUGCUCCCUUGGCUAAACAGCUACGGUAAGCGGGAGGAUGCCCGUCUAUUGUUUGAGGGAUUUACUAGGGGUUUCAUCAUUCCCUUCAGGGAUCGGGUUGUGGUUCCCCGUUUCCGUAAUUUGCGCUCAGUGGGCGAACAUCAUGAUGUGGUAUGUGGUAAAUUGCUUCAGGAGGUUCGCCUGGGGCGGAUGGCGGGACCGUUUAGGGAACCACCGCUGCCGGAUCUUAGGGUUUCCCCUUUAGGCGUAGUGCCAAAGAAGGAGGCGGGAAAAUUUCGCCUUAUCCACCAUUUGUCAUACCCGAAGGGGUCAUCAGUCAAUGAUGACAUUGACGGGGAUCUCUGUUCGGUUUCCUAUGCAUCAUUCGACCAAGCGGUCGAGCUGGUAAAGGAAGCAGGACAGGGAGCGUUGUUGGCUAAGGCGGAUAUAGAAGCGGCUUUCCGCCUUUUGCCCAUUCACCCAAAGUGUCACCACUUAUUAGGUUGUUAUCUUGAUGGAAACUAUUUUGUGGAUCUGUGUUUGCCCAUGGGAUGCUCCAUUUCAUGUGCGUACUUUGAGAAAUUUAGCACGUUCAUGGAAUGGGUAGUGAGGGAGGAAGCGGGCACCAAGUUUGUGGUCCAUUACCUGGACGAUUUCUUGUGUGUCGGGCCGGCUGGCUCUGACGCUUGCCGCUUUAGGCUACGGUGUCUCGAAUGGGUCAGUCAGGUAUUUGGGGUACCUCUGGCUCGCGACAAAACCGUGGGGCCUACUACAUGCCUGAGUUUUUUGGGGCUUGAAAUAGAUACGGUCGCGGGGGAAUGCAGAUUACCACAAGAUAAGUUGGAGUCUCUCCGCGAUGCCGUUUCAGAGUUGCGUAG